UAUGGGUUGAAGAUCGACGACAGUGAAUUUAUCCCCAAUUGAGAUAGCUACAAACUGCCUGUUUAAUCGCCACUAUGAACGGCGACAGCUACUCAUCACGAGAUGCUAGCAGGCCAUCAAGGGAUCCAUAUGCUCCCAGAGGAGCUGACCGGGACGAUCGACGAGUCGACAGAGAUCGCGAGCGUGCAGGUGACCGAAGGAGAUCGCGUUCGCCAGGCCACCGAGGCUCAAGGCCAUCACGUCGCGAGGGAGAUGUAGACUCCUACUCAUCCAGCAGGGACUAUAGGGAGAGGGAGCGCGAGGACAGAUAUUCGGGGAGAGAUCGCAGAGGUGGGGGGGAGAGAGAUUGGGAUCGGGACCGUGGCAACUCAAGACGCGACACAAGGCGCGAUGGCGACGAUAGGCCGCCGCGAAGGGACAGAGAUCUCUUCGACGAUCGAAGGGGGGGCGGUGCUAGAAGAGGGGACCGCGGUGAUCGCGAUGGGUUCGGUGGAGGUGGAGGAAGACAAGAGCGCAAGAAGAGCGCCUCCCCGCCACCAAAGAAGAGGGAGCCGACCCCGGAUUUGACUGAUGUUGUGUCUGUUCUUGAGCGUAAGAGGCGGUUAACUCAAUGGGAUAUCAAGCCACCUGGAUACGAGAACGUUACAGCUGAGCAGGCCAAAUUGUCUGGCAUGUUCCCCUUGCCUGGUGCACCGCGACAGCAACCCAUGGAUCCCAGCAAGCUCCAGGCAUUUAUGUCGCAGCCAAGCGGAUCGAUUACAAAUGCCGCACUUAAGCCCUCGAACUCGAGGCAAGCGAAGCGUCUUUUGGUUCACAAUUUACCGAAGACCUUGUCAGAGGAGGGAAUCGUCGAGUUCUUUAACCUACAACUGAAUGGCCUCAACGUGGUUGAAGGAUCAGACCCAUGUCUUACUGCCCAGGUAUCGAAGGACAAGUCUUUUGCCUUGGUCGAAUUUAAGACCACUUCCGAUGCAACUGUGGCUCUGGCAAUGGACGGAAUCGGAAUAGAAGAGAAUGGCGGCUCCCGUGCCCUAUCCAUCCGAAGGCCGAAGGAUUACAUUGUCCCAGCAGUGGACGAGGCCAUGCACGAGCCUGGAGUUGUCACAAACGUUGUGCCAGACACCCCAAAUAAAAUCAGCAUCUCAAAUGUUCCGCCUUAUCUCACCGAUGAGCAGGUUACGGAGCUGCUGGUGUCAUUCGGUGAGCUGAAGGCGUUUGUCCUUGCCAAAGAUAGCACCACCGAGGAAUCCAGAGGUAUUGCAUUCUGUGAGUAUGUUGACGCAGCUGCCACCGACAUCGCUGUUGAAGGAUUAAAUGGCAUGGAGCUGGGUGACAAGCAUCUCAAGGUCCAGCGUGCUAGCAUCGGUACUACGCAGACUGCUGGCCUAGAAAUGGGCGUCAAUGCGAUGUCGAUGCUUGCUGGGACGACUACGGAUGGACUCGACGAAGGCCGCGUCCUUCAGCUUCUUAAUAUGGUUACGGCAGAAGAGCUCAUUGAUAACGAGGAUUACGAAGAAAUUCUUGAAGACGUCAAGGAAGAAUGCGAGAAGUAUGGCAAGGUCCUGGACAUCAAGAUCCCUAGACCAAGUGGAGGAAGCCGCCAGUCUGCAGGCGUUGGAAAGAUAUUCGUCAAAUUUGACACUCCUGCAUCUGCAGGCAAGGCGCUCCGCACCUUGGCGGGGAGGAAGUUUGCCGAUCGCACCGUCGUCACCACAUAUUUCUCAGAGGAGAACUUUGAGGUUGGCGCUUGGUAGUCCCAAUCAGGUUACCCGUAUUGGAUGCGGACUAUCUUACAACUUGUAUCUGAACAGAGCAAUUCCGAGUGGAGUUAUGGUAAUUAAGCCUCAAAAUGCGCAUGGCCAUCUUUUUGCUAGUUGAUUAUGGUGGGAACGAGCAUGAGCUGGCAGCAUAGUGGAUAAUCAAGCUUGGACGAAUAGUAUUCAGCUUUGUACUAUAAUAUGCUUUGUAACCAUUCCA